GAAUUAUGCAGAACGGCGUGUCGCGGCCAAUCUGGGGAUGGGCGGGGAUUGGCUGGAGGGGCUGUAAUUCAGAGAUUUCCGGAGCUGCGGCGGCGUAGACUGGGAGAGCCUGGGGUUCCGACUUCGCGGCGGAGGGAGUGAGCCCGAACCGAUCCUUGGCUAGCACCCCCGCACGGCGCGCUCUCUCAGCGUCUGCCAGGAGAGACCCAGUGGACCGAGGGAGCCCCGCGGCUCGCAUCCCGGCGCAAGCGCACCCCGGCCUGUCGGGCCUCAGCCGGAGAAACAGUUGGGACUCCUGAUUCCAGCACAAUGGCCCAAUGGAAUCAGUUACAGCAGCUCGACACACGGUACCUGGAGCAGCUUCAUCAGCUGUACAGUGACAGCUUCCCGAUGGAGCUGCGGCAGUUUCUGGCCCCUUGGAUUGAGAGUCAAGAUUGGGCUUAUGCUGCCAGCAAAGAAUCCCAUGCCACUUUGGUGUUUCAUAAUCUCUUGGGUGAGAUUGAUCAGCAGUACAGCCGCUUCCUACAAGAGUCAAACGUUCUCUAUCAGCACAAUCUGCGAAGAAUCAAGCAGUUCCUUCAGAGCAGGUAUCUUGAGAAGCCAAUGGAGAUUGCCCGAAUUGUAGCCCGGUGUCUGUGGGAAGAGUCCCGCCUCCUCCAAACGGCAGCCACGGCCGCCCAGCAAGGGGGCCAGGCCAACCACCCCACAGCUGCCGUCGUGACAGAGAAGCAGCAGAUGCUGGAGCAGCAUCUACAGGACGUUCGGAAGCGCGUACAGGAUCUAGAACAGAAAAUGAAAGUGGUAGAGAAUCUCCAGGAUGACUUUGAUUUCAACUAUAAAACCCUCAAGAGUCAAGGAGACAUGCAAGAUCUGAAUGGAAACAACCAGUCAGUGACCAGGCAGAAGAUGCAGCAGCUAGAACAGAUGCUAACAGCGCUGGACCAGAUGCGGCGAAGCAUUGUGAGUGAGUUGGCGGGGCUUUUGUCAGCUAUGGAGUACGUGCAGAAAACUCUCACGGAUGAAGAGCUGGCUGACUGGAAGAGGCGGCAACAGAUUGCUUGCAUUGGAGGCCCUCCCAACAUCUGCCUAGAUCGUCUAGAAAACUGGAUAACCUCAUUAGCAGAAUCUCAACUUCAGACCCGCCAACAAAUUAAGAAACUGGAGGAGUUGCAGCAAAAAGUUUCCUACAAAGGGGACCCCAUUGUACAGCACCGGCCAAUGCUGGAGGAGAGAAUCGUGGAGCUAUUUAGAAACUUAAUGAAAAGUGCUUUUGUGGUUGAGCGGCAGCCCUGCAUGCCCAUGCAUCCCGACCGGCCAUUAGUCAUCAAGACGGGUGUCCAGUUUACCACUAAAGUCAGAUUGCUGGUCAAAUUCCCCGAGUUAAAUUAUCAGCUUAAAAUUAAAGUAUGCAUUGACAAAGACUCCGGGGACGUUGCAGCUCUCAGAGGAUCCCGGAAAUUCAACAUUCUGGGCACAAACACAAAAGUGAUGAACAUGGAAGAAUCCAACAACGGCAGCCUUUCUGCAGAAUUCAAACACUUGACCCUGAGAGAGCAAAGAUGUGGUAACGGAGGCCGAGCCAAUUGUGAUGCCUCCCUGAUUGUGACUGAGGAGCUGCACCUGAUCACCUUUGAGACUGAGGUGUAUCACCAAGGCCUCAAGAUUGACCUAGAGACCCACUCCUUGCCAGUCGUGGUGAUCUCCAACAUCUGCCAGAUGCCAAAUGCCUGGGCGUCCAUCUUGUGGUAUAACAUGCUGACCAAUAACCCCAAGAAUGUGAACUUCUUCACCAAGCCCCCAAUUGGAACCUGGGAUCAAGUGGCCGAGGUGCUGAGCUGGCAGUUCUCCUCCACCACGAAGCGAGGGCUGAGCAUCGAGCAGUUGACUACGCUGGCAGAGAAACUCCUAGGACCGGGUGUGAACUAUUCAGGGUGUCAGAUCACGUGGGCUAAAUUUUGCAAAGAAAACAUGGCUGGCAAGGGCUUCUCCUUCUGGGUCUGGUUGGACAAUAUCAUUGACCUUGUGAAAAAGUACAUCCUGGCCCUUUGGAAUGAAGGGUACAUAAUGGGCUUUAUCAGUAAGGAACGGGAGAGGGCCAUCUUGAGCACCAAGCCCCCAGGCACCUUCCUGCUAAGAUUCAGUGAAAGCAGCAAAGAAGGAGGCGUCACCUUCACUUGGGUGGAGAAGGACAUCAGCGGUAAGACCCAGAUCCAGUCGGUGGAACCAUAUACCAAGCAGCAGCUGAAUAACAUGUCAUUCGCGGAAAUCAUCAUGGGCUAUAAGAUCAUGGAUGCCACCAAUAUCCUAGUGUCUCCGCUGGUCUAUCUCUACCCCGACAUCCCUAAGGAAGAGGCGUUCGGGAAGUAUUGUCGGCCGGAGAGCCAGGAGCAUCCCGAGGCUGACCCAGGUAGUGCUGCCCCUUACCUGAAGACCAAGUUUAUCUGUGUGACACCAACGACCUGCAGCAAUACCAUUGACCUGCCGAUGUCCCCCCGCACUUUAGAUUCAUUGAUGCAGUUUGGAAAUAAUGGUGAAGGUGCUGAACCCUCAGCAGGAGGGCAGUUUGAGUCCCUCACAUUCGACAUGGAGCUGACCUCAGAGUGUGCUACCUCCCCCAUGUGAGGAGCCGAGGACCGGAGCUGCAGAGAGAGAUGACGGAGGCACCUCCUGUGUUCGACCACCCCUAAGCAGCCAAACCCCAGAGCGUCUGAACUCCUAAUGUUGUGGUUCCAGAUUUUCUUUCAGUCUCCUACUUCUGUUAUCUAUCUAUGAGCAAUCUGGGCACUUUUUAAAAUAGAGAAAUGAAUGAA